GAAACGGCCUCUCGUACUAACGAUGGCUUUUUAAUUUUAUUUCUAGUCCUCUCGCUUGCAGUCUCGCUUUACAGUCUCCUUCUUCUCUCGUCGCCGUCGCUAUUUUAUCUUUUCGGUAGUUUCAAGGAAGAUGGCUAGUGGUAGCCUGAAACGUCUUGUAGCUUCAGCAGUCACUAAUGGCGUGACCGAAGCAAGAGCAAGGAUUUUCGGACAUGUACUUAACCCAACGGGACAGAGAUCUCCUCAUAAGAUCUUAAGGAAGAAGCUUUUUGGUGAUAAGGUUUCAGAAUGGUAUCCAUACGACAUCAAGAAUGAGGAUCCCAAUGUCAUGGCUAGAGAAGAACAAGAGCGCAUAUCUAAGCUUGAGAUGUUGAAGCGUCGAAACAAAGGACCACCAAAGAAGGGUCACGGAAGACGUGCAGCGAAGCGUAACAAGUAGAAAAGUAGUAAUCAUAGCUACAAAAGAAAAAGGCAAUCUGCAUUUUUAGAAUCAGAUAGAACUUACUAUUAGUAAAGACUAUCUACAUAAAUUUCUCAGGCUUUAACUGCAUUGGGUUUACAAAUGAUGUGCUGAGACAAAGUUGAAAGCUAUAAGCUUCUCUUUUGAAUUGAUACAAAAUUUUUAAAGA